CCAUAUCUCUCUCUCUCUGCUCCGUCCGUUAGAGUGGGAACCACUGUUCUCAGUGAUCUGUCAUUUGUCCUCUAAGUUUAGAUACAUCCGCCCCAUUGAGUCUCAGACUGGUCCUGAAAGAGGACUGCGCUGGGGGGGAAAUAUUGAGGCUGAGUGAGCGGUUUAAUCUAACGGACUCUCUAAGUGCGCUAUCUCUUACCCGCCAUCUCCACUGAGCAGUUUCCUGCCUAGCAGUGCAGUGUAGGGGAAUGCGCGAGGGAUGCGUGACGCCGGAACAGUGGAGGAUAUUCUCGGCAGCGCUGCUAAUUGCUGUGAUUCAUGUUCCCUUUGAGUGCCUGUAACGAGUAGGCUAUAGCGAGAGAUUAAGAGAGAGAGAGAUAAAGUGUAUAUCCGCUCACAGGAGUCAAAUGUCUUGGCUGUGGAUCUAAGAAAUGAUACAGAUUAAACGGACAUUUUAUAAAAGACAAAGGAGCCUUUGCGUUUCAAAGUUUUUUCAUAGUGUUCUUUUUAUUUUUCUGAUGCGGAAACUGUUCCAUUGCUUCCAACAAUGCAAUAAUGGAAUUGCACGUGGCAGAAUGAUGACCAGCGGCGCGCGGGACAUAGGCUGCUGUCAAAAUACUCACCUAUUUGUGUUAUUGUGCUGCUCUAAGAGUUCCAGACAGUGAUCAGUCAUUUGUUUUAAAGUGGGAGAAAAUCUCCUCUGAUCCCGUCUCUUCACUAAAGAGAUGUUGCACUUGCACAGCGAUUCCAGGAAGAUUGACGUGCGCGCGGGGGGACCAUUCAAUCGCUGCCUCCACUCCAGACUCAGCUUGUUUUAACUCUUGGGUCAUCAACUUUUAGCAUCCCGUUUCUACCGAACUCAUCACAUUAAGAUUUACACGCGCAUCUUAAAGGGGUGCCUGUGGUCAGUGCUGAACUUGUUGAACACUGGACUGUGCACGGUGAAUUGAGGCAAACCUACAAAUACCGUGGGUGCCGUUGCCGGGCGGAAGAGAGACAUGAUUGACAGCAAACAAAGCUGAGCGGCCUGUCACUCAUCUCUCCAUCAGCGUGUCAAAAAGGCUGCCUCCUCCAGGGCUCUCGCUCUAGCUCUCGCCUCUCUCCUCCUUCACACCGACUCCUCCUCCCUCCAUCCACUCCUUCUCUUUUUAUCUCCUUGACGGGCCAGUCACCCCCUAACUUCGGCGUGUCGUGACCCCUCCGUUCCCGCCCUGCCGGAGAGAGAACUGUCGGAGAGACCUGAAACGGAGUACAGAGAGGACUCCAGACCAAAACAAGUGGUGUCCCCCCUCGCCCCUCCAUCUCACACCCCUCGCCCCCUCCACCAAGCUGUUAACAGGAGGCUGGCAUGCUGCCACAGUUCCUUAGCUCCUCUCUCUGUAAAGGUUGGAUUAUUUCAUAAACUCAAAGGCCCAGGCCUUUCCCUCGGUUUCGCUGUCUCUCUGUUUCGGGAGAGAAGAAGAGGGAUUCCCCAUUGAGAAAGCAAUAGCCCUUUUCUAGAGGAGACCCAGAGUGUCUGAGAGGAAGCGGCGAUGCGUUUCCCUCUGGUGUUGACACUGCAGGCACUGUGGGCCAGUGUGUGCCAGACCAUGCAGCACUACCCAGCCUGGGGACACUACGACGUGUGUAAGUCUCAGGUGUACACGGACGAAGGCCUCACCUGGGAUUACAUGGCCUGCCAACCUGAGGCCAUGGACAUGACCAAGUACCUGAAGGUUACGGUGGACCCACCCAACAUCACCUGUGGAGACCCACCUGAGACAUACUGCGCCCUGGAGAACCCGUACAUGUGUAACAAUGAAUGUGAUGCCGAAAACGAGGACCUGGCCCAUCCACCGGAGCUCAUGUUCGAUUUCGAGGGCCGCAACCCCACAACCUUCUGGCAGUCCAGUUCCUGGAAGAAGUACCCCAAGGCCCUACUGGUCAACAUCACACUGUCCUGGAGCAAAACCAUCGAGCUGACCGAUGACAUCGUGGUCACCUUCGAGUCAGGCCGCCCGGAACAGAUGGUUCUGGAGAAGUCUCUGGACUACGGUAAGACCUGGCAACCCUACCAGUUCUACGCCACAGACUGUCUGGACGCUUUCACCAUGGAUGCCAAGACUGUCCAGGACCUGACCCAGCACACUCUCCUAGACAUCAUCUGCACCGAGGAAUACUCCAGGGGCUACGUGUGGAAGUAUGACAAGACGGUGCGCUUCGAGAUCAAGGACCGCUUUGCACUGUUCGCCGGACCACGGCUCCACAACAUGGCAUCCCUCUACGGUCAGUUAGACACCACCAAGAACCUGAGAGACUUCUUCACCAUUACAGACCUGAGGGUCCGGCUCCUCCGACCAGCCACAGGGGCCACCAUGGUAGACGAGAACAACCUGUCCAGAUACUUCUAUGCCAUCUCUGACAUCAAGGUCCAGGGAAGGUGCAAGUGUAACCUUCACGCCAAUAGUUGUGUGUUUGACAAAGAGACGCUAAAUUGUGAGUGUGAGCACAACACCACGGGGCCGGACUGUGGCCGCUGUAAGAGGAACUACCAGGGAAGGACGUGGAGCGCAGGCUCCUAUCUACCCAUCCCCAAGGGCACGGCAAAUACCUGUAUCCCCAAUAGCAUUGGUCCAGUUAACUGCGAAUGCUUCGGACACUCCAACCGCUGCAGCUACAUCGAGCUGCUAAACUCUGUCAUUUGCGUGAGCUGUAAACACAACACUAGGGGCCAGCACUGCCAGGAUUGCAAGCAGGGCUACUUCCGAAAUGCUUCUGCGGAGCUGGAAGAUGAGAAUGUGUGCAUAGACUGUAGUUGUAAUCCCUAUGGCUCAGACAGUGUUCGCUGUAAUGGCACAGGAUUUUGUAAAUGUAAGGAGGGAACUACAGGGGCUAAGUGUCGAGAUUGUCUGCCGGGAUAUUUGUGGGACAAUGGCUGCAAAUCCCGAGUGUGUGACAACGAGCUCCUGCGCUGCCAGAACGGCGGUGUGUGUCUGAACAACCUGCGGUGCCAGUGUACCGCAGCAUUCACGGGCCUGCUGUGUGAGAAACCCCGCUGUGAGUCGGAGCUGGGGGGCUGUGGUGGGCCCGACUCGGGCCAAGCCGCCCUCUCGUCUACACCACUCUCCACCUUGCUGCUGCUCCUGCUGGGCUCGACGCUGCUCAGAGAGGCCUCCUACAGGCCCGCCCUGCUCUGAGAACCAGAGGCCUACACGGUCUACACUGAACUGUUGGAGCAAACUACCCAAUUACCAACUUCUCUACAACAACAACAACCAGAUCUACAACGACCAUGAGCUUAGUCUACUAUACUGUACUGUACUAGCUGUCCACCAGACACAGCAAGGACACACGCUGUCUAUAAGGGAAUGUGCCAGAAUGAAAGCAAAACUUUAAUUUGAGUAAAAAAAUAAAAGUAUAUAUAGAAAUGAGAGUUUAAAAAAAUGAAAUCAAUAAAGAAAAAUAAAUACCAGAUAUUUAAAAAGAGUUUAACUUGAGCAUUUGCUUCAUAAAAAGUCAAACAAGUCAAACAACAGACACCAGUGACCUAAGCCAUACCAGAGACUUUUCCCCCUAACUGUCAAAAGGAGGGACUGGAGAUGACAGACACUUUGUUCACUUCCUCUCUUAUCGCCACGGCAACGGCAGCUGCGACCAAUAAGCGACAGCAAGCUCUAGCUAGCAAGGCCAGCAGCUGCUAGCUGCCCCUGUCUUAGGGUGCUUUGGGGUUUGGUGCUGGCUGGACUGAACUGCUUCUGGGCUGAACUGACUGACUGACUGACUGACGAAGAACUCCAUAGAACUGUCCCUACCGCUGCUGAAGGGUGGACAGACAGGC